GCGAGAACAGUAGCAUGAGAGACCGGUGGGAAUAAAGGCAUAGUCUCUAUUACCAGCCAUCAGUAUAUCUGAAUGCAGGCCCUGUUAUGGAUCCUGUUCAACUCUUGAGUUUUCUUCUGGCAUUACUGCUACCCCUGGGGACUGCCUUGGACGCCAGCAAACAGAAGCGGGACACUGCCUUUGAGAUAUACAAAAAACUGUUUGAAGUGAAGAGGAAGGAUCAGAUUAAUGCCCUCAAUAACCUGAUUGAGCUGAAUGAUGUCAACCAACAGUAUAAGAUAAUCGAUAUAAUGCUCAAAGGCCUGUUUAAGGUACUAGAAGACUCUCGAGCAAUAUUAAUUGCAGCCGGAGUUCAGCCAGAUGGUCCCUUCCCAGAAGAUGAGAAGAUAAAAGAUGCCUAUUCACACACAGUGGAGAACUCUGCAUUCUUUGGAGAUGUAGUUCUCCGUUUUCCCAAGAUUGUUCAUCAUUAUUUUGACCGCAACUCCAACUGGAACAACCUGAUUCGUUGGGGUAUUGGAUUUUGCAACCUAAGUGGAAUCUUUGAUGAUGGACCUCACACCCAGCUCCUUGGCCUGAUGUCUCAGGAACUAGGAAUCAGUGAGAAAUCCCCAGAUUACAAGAACCCUUUUAAGAUGGAUAACAUGGAGUUUUUGCCCAAUACAGAUGCUUUCCAAAAAGCAUUAAGAGAAGAGGAAAAAAGAAGAAGAAAGGAAGAGAAAAGGAAGGAGAUCCGAAAGGGCCCUCGGAUAACACGCUCCCGCUCGGAAUUAUAACAACCGGACUGUUGUACUGAGUGGUGGACUUAUGAGACCUAAUUUGAAGCCUUAUGGGAGUUCUUGCCGUGCCAAUACAAUUCCUGGUUAUAAGAUAUAUUUAGGACUUCCCAGCCUGUUACAGGAGUGAGGGCACUGAAUCGGCCACUUGAGGAACCAUAUCAGAUGAAUUUUAUUCCCUGCAAAAAGGGAAUUUUAUUGUUUUGGUGUACCCCCUUAAUUAUCCCCAUCCCAUUUCCAUUCAAUUCUUUUAGAGUUUAUUUAAGGAAGGGGGCAUAAACUUGAAACUUAAAACUUUGAUCUGUAACUUUUUCACAAAAAAACCUUUUUACUUGUACAAACUAUUGGAAGCAUUACAUAUAUAUGACCAGCUUCCCAGCUUAGUAUCUCAGCCUGAAUGAUGCUUUCACAAUGCACCGUUGAUAUUAAAAAUCCACUAAACUGUACUGUUUCCCAUAUAGUGGGGGGGUUACAGUUUAUAUAUUAAAGAAUCUAUUGAUGCAUUCCUCAGCCUAACUUUUUUGGCUGGCUGCAACCAUUGUCCUGUAAAUUGAUGACAGAUAUCAUCUGAUAUUCCAGCAAUUUACAAUGCAUUACUGACAAACAGCACAAAUGAGUUGCUUGCUACAGAAAAAGUUCUUGCUUGAGGAAGCACGCUAAUUUAGCCCCAGACUGGGAAUCUCUGACUUCUGGCAAAUGCCAGAGGGGCUGCUAUAAGAUGCCAGAGACAGUCACUAUUUAUUGGGCUGGUAGGGGGGUUGAUUGGCCUCUUUGUACAUGACAUACCAGGGCCAUUUUGAAUCCCAGUCCAGACCUGAUUUUAACCAUAAAAGUUUUCAGAAAAAAUAAUAAAACAUGUGUGUGAAAAAUAAAUAAGCAUCCACUCUAGUGGUGCACUUUCCCCUUUUAUUGUAUGCAUCCUAUUUCUUUCCAGGAUGCAGUUUCCAUGAAAAAGGAAACCGACCCAAAGCCUUUCCUCCUCUGCUGAUAAGUUAUAUAUGCAGUGCACUAUGCAGCAGGCGAAGUUCUGUCUGGCAUAUAUAUAUAAUAUAUGUACCUCAUCCCUGAAGAAUUGCAUUGGCUGCCCAUGUUAUGGUAAAUCAUGGGUGUCAUCUAACCCCCUGGCUUAAAGAAAUUAGUGGGCAAUGGAAGUAAAAGAGUUGUCACUGGCAGUUUUUGAUGGUUAUGAAAUAAAAGCACAAAACGGGUACUUUACAAAGCAAUUAUAUUCUGUUUAAGAAUAUGCACUUUUCGAUUACACAAAGUUGUUUCAUAUUCUGGGUGCCCUCUAGAUAAUUUGUCUCAGAUCAGCAAAUAUCUAAAAUUCUAGGGCUGUUGCAUUUUCUGUGCUCCUGGAAAUGUAUACUCUAUAAAUUAGAUAUAUCUUGUGCCCUCCAAAAAGUAUAUUUAUCCUUUGAAUACUGGCCAAAUACAUUUUUAAUUCAAUACAUAAAAGGCACUGAGACAAAAUCCUAAUUUUAAGGGACAUCUGAAGACACUUUAUUUGAAUUCCUUUUAUGGCAUAAGGUUUCUGUACCUCUCCCAGGGCUAUUGUUAGGUCCGGUGCUGGCUUAGGCACUGUUGAGCCAUAGUUGACCAGCACAUUCACAGGACAGUCAUUGUGCGAUUUCAAAGAGAUGGGUAACCCCUCUCCCUCAGCUUUGCUGAGGAAAUCUUUUUUAACAGAUCUUUUUCUCUCUCUCUCUCCUAUAAAGGCACCCAUUGGCCACCCCCUAAAUCUGCCACCCUAGGCACAUGGCCUCAGGUGCCUAUGUAGUAAAGAUGGGCCUAACCACUCCCAAAGCCAGCAGCCUUAUGCCAUGUCAAAUAUAGUCUCCUAAUAUGGCCCAGAUACCCCCAAGGAUCUUCUAAAUUGGCUCUCCUCCUAAAAGUGCAGGACUAAAUGUAUGCACAAUGUGCUGCAUUUGGGGUUCAGUGCUCACACUUAGGCAGGGGUACCUAGUAUUGGACACAAGAUGUGUCUUGAAACUAGGAGCAGAAAUGUACAAAGGGCUAUACUUGCCCUUGAAACAGUUUACAAAAAAUAGAAAUCUUAGUUUAUGAAGAUAUGGUGAUUUUAUUUUUUUUGUUUGUUUUUUAAGUGAUGUUUUAAGAUAAAAUUGGGCAAUGCAGUGGCCAUAAAAGUGGCCCUAAAAACAAUAGGCUUGAGUUUACACAAGCUUAUUUACCAUUAAGUACAAGGUAAAAAUGAAGAAUUGUUUGUUUAGCUAAGGUCCUAUUGGAAAUGGCAUUGCUGUGUUUUGAAGCUUUCUGAAUUAUCAGUAUCUGGAUCAAAUGCCUGUUUCUGUCUUAUUUACCUUGAGAAAUGUAGAUAUCAUUCCUAACGCCAAAUCUGUAGAGAUGUGCUGUAGCGAGCUGUUCCCUGUGGGAGGCGCACAGGUUACUAAGAUGUGCUUUGUGACUGUAGUUGAUCUGUAACAAUAUUGGUGAAGUGACUGACAUUCUGUAGGGGUGUCUCAUAAGAGAAAAGUCUUUGUUACACCCUCUAAACAGUUGCUUGAUUAAAUAUUUUUGUUGGGCAAGUGUGUUGUAAAGGGUUAAAAAUAUAAUCCUGCCCAUUUAAUAUUAAUUUAAGACUUGUGUUGUUUUCCCAUUUUAUCUGUGAGUGCUGUUAGCAGUUUUUCGUGAAAAUACUGUGCUAAAUUCUUCAUUAUCAUGGCAGCUGCAAUAUGGGGAUUAUACACGCACAAUUAGUGUACAUUUUUUUGAGGACAAAAGUCAGAUGUGGAAAAAAAAAUGUUAUUUAAAUAUUAUUAAAACAUUAUUUAAAAAAAAAAAA